AUAUACUGAGAGAAACACGGAGAGUACGACUGAAGAAACUCUGGACGCUGAAGAAGGAUCAAAUAAUUAUAACAGAAUAUAAAAUAAUAGAUUAUUAAUUACUUAGUGUCUGACACUAAAACUUAGGAGCUGACAAGGCGAAGGGUUCAGACACGAAUUGGGAUUAAUAAUUAAAAACUCUACGGCUGUACGCCACACAGUUAACAUAGAAUACCUCUGUAUCUAAUUACCCUUUUCCUGGAGCUAUGACUGACCCCUCAUCCAUCAUGCUUAACUCUGAGCUGGACAAAAAGCUAAGAAAUCUACUUCAGGUGAUGGUCUCACGCCUGCCCGCAGGUAAGAGUAUUUCUUCCGCGGUCGUCCAGCAGCUGCUCCGGACCAGGUACACCGAAACCUAUCCCGAGUCCUAUAUUGCCAGCAAAGGGUAUCUCAUCGAUAACAUAAUAGCGAGCCUUCUAAACGCGAAGAAAGAAAAUAAAGCGCCAGCAGCCAUUGUGCCGGAGUCACCUAAGUUCAAUACAAAUGAUGCAAAGACGACCAAUGGCAAGCGCACCGACGAGUCCGAAAAUGAAAACGAAAUCGACAACGACAGCCACGAUGACAGCAGUGAAGACGGUGAUAACGAAAGCAAUAAUAAAGAAUGUAAUGAUUCUGACUACGAAGAGGAAGAUGAUGACGAUAGUGAAAGUGAGAGCGACAGUGAGAGUGAGAGUGAGAGUGAGAGCGAAAGCACGUCAGUGCAGGAGCCCAAUCUCACACGUUUACGUUUAGAGGGCAAGGAAGGUUCAAAUGACGGCCCCAACAACACCCAAGAGCAGUCUGCGAGCGAUAGCGACUUAGCCGUGGCGAAACGCUGCAAAGAGAUGUCAAACUGCUUAAAAAAAAUUGGAUACCUAGUCCGCCAACCACGUGAGGAUGAGUCUCUAGACUCCUAUUUAAACGGCUAUCUUAUUAAUGAGUUCAAAUCAAAAAAAUUAGAUCCACUAAAGUAUAGCAAAAAUGAUAUUAAGAUCUACAAAAUUCGAAAGGAGGUGGAACUCCUUCAGAAAGAUGGUGCUACACUGAAUCUGGAUAGGCGUUCUCGUGUAGGUAGAGGCUAUAGCGGUGUACAAUUGAUUGGAGAAGCACUCGCUCCUGUGCCUGCGAAGGUGUCCGCCUACGCCAUCUCAAACCUACUAGACGACGAAUAAUGGCUUACUCAAGCGAUGAGUAAGAAUAGGCGGAAAUAUAGACAUAUCGACAUGAAAUCAGAUCAAUGUGCCAUCAUUUCUUUUAUAAACUAAUAAUGAUAUAAAUGGUAGAAUUCCUAAAAAGGCAUGAGCGUUGUCCUGUUAUAGAAGAAUAUAUAAUGUACACGCUUCAUGUUGUUAUUCUUCAAUUUUUCGUUUUCAUAAAAAAAUUAAAGAAACUUUUUCAUGCCGAACUUAU